ACGAAGAAAUGAAAAUUAACUCACAUCUUUCAGAUAUUCUUCACUUAGUACAGCUAUUAUCGGCUUUUUGGCUAUGUCCAUUCCCCAGUCGUUUGCUUGACUACGCUUAGCGUUUUGGGCCAGCAUGCUAGAUGCUAUGCAUGCUAUCAUCUGUGGCUGCGACUGUGGCUUCUUUGUGCCACACCAUGUAGAUAUGUGGUAUUUUGCAGAGGUUUGUUUGACUAUCUACCUAGCCAUUGUGUUCGCUGUCCAUAAGACCAACCGACGGACCGACCAACCAUUCAUCUAUAAUGCCAGCUGAGUACUUUAGUCGCUGGUUCAUUCAGCUUUACGCUGAGCUGCUCAUCGACAUUUGUGCGUGCGCAUUCGUCAAGAAAACAACGCGUGUAUCUAAACGACGGCUUCCAGGGCAAACAGAAACUUAGACGGAACGACGAAACAUAAAAACAAAGUGCCUUGCCAGAUAGCUGUCUCACCAAAUAUGUUUCGACUUCAAGUUUUCAUUCAUUUGUUACGCGCUGGAGGAAAUCUCUAAUAUCCAACGUUAAAGUGUGUGUUUGUGUUCGUGUGUGUCUUAUUUUCGAAAUGCAUCAUCUCAAUGGAUACCAGCUAUAGUACAAACCGACAAAAACACCAACAAUAGCAACAGCAAUUAUCGCAUGCAAAACAGCUCCGACAAGCAGCCAGGAAAAUGCAUUUCUUGCUAAUUAAUUAAAGUAUUUAACAACAGCGAACUGAAGUGCAGCUAAUUAAAAUAUGUGUGAUGCAUUAACUCUGUGGCAGGAGAAGCACACGUAGCAAAAACAACAAAACAAAAACAUAGACUGCAGAUUUUGGAAUCUUCCGCAAUAUUCCACAACCAAAUAUUGUGCGCGUUUUUGUAGCUGUCAAUAACACCCAAAGUCCCAAGAAUGGUUACAAGCAAAUCGGAUAAUCAAAUUGUUGCAAUUCAAAAAAUGAACUCUGUGCGGUCUCGCAAAGCUAACGGUAGUAAUUCGUCUGCUUUGCGUCUACUGGAAAGUGAUAACCAGGAGUCUUCAUCCAGCGUCAGUAGAAAUUCUGUCUACAAAUUGAAAAUCGAUUUAAUGUUUGACGAUACAAGUCGUUCCACGCGCAGUCAUCGACUCGAUGAUCCGCAUGGCUCACACAGAACCCGAUCCAUCAUAAUGUACGGACGCAGUGAAUUGGCCAGCACGGCAAAUGACAGUUCACGAUCCAUAACUAGCUAUCUGCACGAGUCCAAUGAAACGGCCAAAAUAUUGGCAGACAAUGCCAAAAAAGAUGUCCAGCGCAUUAGCAACAGUGUCCAGGCACAAAUUGAACAGCUGUUCACCGAUGUGGCAAAGGAUGCCACCAGCAGUUUUGCGGUUACCUGUCUCGGAUCAUUGCCUCUCAAAGACAAAGUGACCAGUUUGCAAGGCUUACAAGAACCUCUGAGGGAGUUGUAUCUCAAAGAGAUUAAGGAUGAGAAACGCAACACUGGCUCUCUGGAUAUCUGUGCCACCGGACUGCGUGUAAAAAUAUCUACUAAAUCGGAGAACACUACAAAAUCGACAAAUGAAGGUGAUAUUACGCCGUUUCACAAUAUUGCCGUAUGGUCUGCUGUGAAGUUUACGGUGUCUCAAGAAGAUGGUGGUGCCGCGUUCCUGCCCCUUAUUACUUCGCCGGAAAAUAUCGAUAAGAGUUUACUGUUUCAGCCAUUAAGUGUGUCGGAGCAAAAGCGUUUGGCCAACAAUCAACACGCACCCAUCUUUGCUGUAGUUAUGCGCUCUGCCGAUCUGCCCAAGGUCUUGGAAUGUCAUGCCUUCAUUUGUAAAAGCACCGAGGAUGCCAUUGUCAUAGCUGCAACGCUAUAUCAGAGCCUGAUGGCCCAUGUCAGUUCCAAUUCGCAUCGCAGCACAAAACGACGCACGCCUCGUAAUCAAAACGGCGUUAGCUGCAUUAGUAUUGCCAGUAGUUCGGCGGUCACCGGUUCCAAUUAUCACAGCCGAUCUCAACUGGUGUCAGCUGGUCGCAAGAGUUCAUUCCGCAGUACAAAUGGCAGUCUGGGAAACGUACCUUCAGUUGCCUCCCGUUCUAGUCGUAAGAAACGUGUUGCGAACAGUUCCCUCAGCUCCAGCAGUAAUAUCAUCAACGAAGCUGUGGAGACAUCGACUGAGGAGAGAAAACGCAAAUCUCACAAAUCGAAGAGAGCCCCACCGAUACCAACAACCAUUCCGGGGGAAAUGUCAAGAAGACUACACUCAUCGAAUCGGGACAAUCGAAAUUCGCCAUCGUCCUCGUAUCACGAGAAUAUGGACAAGAAUGGAAAACAUCUGAAUGUGGGCCACACAAGGAAGAUAAGCGGCGAUGCUGUUUACAAGGCGUCACAAUUUCUGAGCAAUGGUGCGCCUCCAGCGGUGGUUGCUGCUGCCAUUGCAUCGUCUGGCGGAGGUUUGCGUACGAGCGAUACAACUGGAGAUAUAUUGACACGUGUUGCUAUACCCAGAUCCGGUAGCUUCCUGAACACGGGAGGACUUACGCGGUACAAAUCGAGAGCAGCACGUCGUAAUUCUGAUAAAAUCGGAAAUGGCGGUGGCGGAGGUGGCGGUGGUUCACCACUUGGUUUCAGCGAACUCUUCAAUGAAUUCCGUUUGCACGAGAACCUCCACUCGCUGGAUGAUAUUCUGAAUGCCAUCAUCGAUGCCGACGGUAUGUCAUUUAAUGACUUGAAACCAAUCUACAAGGAGUUCUUGCUCAAGCUGGCGGUGACCCUAACGAAGGACGAGCUCUUUCAAAGGUCGAAGAAUAUAAUGCGUCGCCAGAAGAAGAAGAAACUAAAGCGUAAACUCUACACCAACAGUUCCCAAAAAAAAACGAAAACCCCUAUUUUUGGCACAAAAAGUUUGAAGAAGGUUUUUCAGUUAGGACAGUUUCGCUCCUGUCGUGGAAAGCCACCGAAACCUCCACGUAAUAAAGAGUUGGGAAAUCAUCAUCGCAAAUCGGAUCCGCCAAUCGUUAUUGGACCGCCCACGAUGAUAUCCACACAUCCCAACCAUGGACGAAGUAAUCCAGUUCAUCCACACAAUCAGCGGAAUCGGGCAACAACAAGUGGAUCCGAUGUCUCUUUGGUGCGUCACGAGAAUGCAUUCGGCCUAAAUCGGAAUAGUAGCAGCGGGUAUGUACCAUGCAGAUACGUUUCCUGCUCUGAGUGUAGCUAUGACUCAGAGUCGUGCACAUGUACCUCGGCGGAUCGUUGCUAUUGCAGUUUACGAACCGAGGAGAUAAACGAAAACGAGUUGAGACGGCGCAACGAGCGUAGAUCCUCGAAAAGAAUUGUCCAAAACGCCAACAUGAACAGGCAAUCCCUCAUCUCCUGUAAAUCCGAUGACAAGUGCUAUUGUUCCCUGGUCGAGGAGGACAAUCAAGUCACUGCUGCCGAAGACGAUUCCCCCCACACCCACUCCGACACCACUUGGUGCGAUACAGACAGCUGCAUUAGCGCCAGUAAAUGUUAUUGCAAACGUAUUGAACACAACGGUCCCGGUCCCAGACCCAUGGAUGCCAACCACAAAAGCAAGCCUCACAAAUCACGUCGUUCACGUUCAACCACUCGCAAACCUAACGACAAAUUCGGUGUCGACUACGAGCUAUUCAACAUCAACAGCAAUGGAAACACCAAACCGGUUCAAUCGCAUGAGGCACUAAGCGUCAAGAAGAGCGUUGAGGCUGCUGCCAUAUUCGCCGAUGUCAAACUGAGCCAGACGACCGACAUCAAAAGCCUCUGCGCCAAUGCAAGCAACCGAAGUGGCAGCUGUCGUUCUUAUUCGGUGGCAUCCCGCAAACAAUCGCAUUCGUAUCGCAAACGCGAAUCAUUCAGCAUUGGCAGGCGAAAUGAAAUGAACGCCGUGCCUCCUCUGCAGUCGUUGUCUUCGAGUUCAUCACAGAAGUCUUGCAGUGCCGAUGACCUCCUGAAGCAGUUGAGCUACAUCGAGAAGAACAUUGCUCGGGCUGCCUCGGUGCACAGCGGCAAAAGCAAGACCCGCGACAUCAUCCUCCGGGAGAACUUUCAAAACAACUAUCAAUCGAUGCGGGCUGUGAGUGCCUCACUCGAGGAUACCUUGGGAUAUUUGCCAUAAAAAAGCCACUGACGACAACUGUGACGGGACGUCAAGCUCUUGCAUUUAGUUUUCUUUUUUAAUUUAACAGAAUAUUGUUUAAAAAUAGUUUAUAAAUAUUAUUAUAUAUACACAAAAUAUAACUUUAUGGAAAUUACAUUAAGUCCAAUUUAGCUUAUGUUUCUCAAGGCAGUUGGCAAUAGUGGGUGGAGUUUGCAAACACACACACACACACAUACACCUACAGACAACUGCUUUGAGAAACGUAAUCAGAUAAAUAAUUCAUUAACAGCUAAACAUACUUAUAUACGUAUUUUAUUUUGUCUAUUAAUUCCAGUAUUUGUUCCCUCUUGAGGGGGCUAGGGGUAGUUUGAAACCCCUAGACCCCCUCCUCGCUACCUAAUUGUUAUCAUAAACAAACAAUUCAUGUGCAAUAUCCACAAACCAAUGUAAAAUUGAAUUUGAAUUUUAACCAAUAACAAUUGUGCAAUAUAUUUAUGUAUCUGUUUUUAUUAUAUUUUCAAAAAAACAUUUUUGAUACUUUAUUUUUUAAAUAUAAUGUUAUUUUUUACUAAUAAACAAAAGUACAUGUAUGCAUACUUAAACAAAA